GGGGGGCGCUGGCGCCAGCGGCCGCUGCUGGAGUGAAGCAGCCAGGAAGGAGAGCAGCUGGGCAGCAUCAUGCCCACUGCUGUCACCAUGGAGGACAGUUUUGAUAAGUUACUGGAGCAAUGUGAAGCCCAGGAGCUGGAGGCUCCAGGGGGCAUCGCUACGCCGCAAGUCUACGCUCAGAUGCUGGCUCUGUAUCUGCUCAAUAAUGACAUGAAUAAUGCCAGGUAUCUAUGGAAGAGAAUCCCCCAGGCAAUAAAAUCUGCCAACCCUGAGCUGACGGCCAUCUGGGCCGUGGGCCAGCGCAUUUGGCAGAGGGACUUCCCAGGGAUCUACACGGCCAUCGCCGCCCACCAGUGGUCCGAGAACAUCCUCCCAGUCAUGGAGGCCCUCAGAGAGAGCACCAGGCAGAGGGCCUACAGCCUGGUGGCUCAGGCCUACACCUCCAUCUCAGCUGAAGACUUCGCCGCCUUCGUGGGUUACUCUGUGGAGGAGGCGGUGAAGGGUGUGGUGAGUCAAGGCUGGCAGGCAGACCCAGCAACACGCAUGGUGAUGCCCAAGAAGCCAGAUCCUCCCCCGGUGUCGCUGGUUCCUAACGAGCAGCAGUUGGCCCGGCUCACCGACUACGUGGCUUUCCUGGAGAACUGAACUCUGCCGUCUGGUACCGGAGGAGGAGCCUGGGUCGGCCCGGUUCUCCUGGUGAAGACAGCUUCUGGACCCUGGUGCCGCUCAGGCUGUGAUGAUGUUCUGCUGAUGUGGAACCGGUCUGAUUUUUGUCCCAGUAUUUUUAUUUCGUCGUGACACGGUAGAUGUUCGGCUUCUCCACAUCGGACCUCGUGAUUCAACGUUUGCACUGGUGAAUAAACGUGUUGCUCUUGGUUC